AUGAGGCCCAACGCUCCUACGGCGCUGCUCAGCGCCUUUCAAGGCCUCAGAGUGUCUGCGAUACCAUCGUUCAGUCCUAUGGGCGCUGCGAUUCGACCCCAAUUCACCAAGCCGCUGGUCGCAUCCCAGACCCUUCGCGAUGUCCGCCCAUUCUCCUCGACGCCCGCGAGGCAAGGCAACUGGCUCGAACCCUCAAUCGACCGAACGAAGAAGAUGAUGAAGGGACGGCCCCGUGUGGCAACUGGAGGUUCAACCAAAGGCACAACUGUCAUCUGGGGCGAUUAUGGUCUUCGGAUGAAGGACCACCACCGCAGAAUCAGCGCCAAGCAGCUCAAGAACGCGGAGGACACGAUCAAGAUGAGGUUGCGUGGUCAAAAAUACCGAUUGUACAAGAGGGUGUGCUGCAAUGUCGGUGUCUACGUGUCGGGCAAUGAGAUGCGUAUGGGUAAGGGAAAGGGUUCUUUCGACCAUUGGGCGGCACGUGUGGCUGUCAACCAGAUCGUUUUCGAGAUCAGGGGAAUGCUUCACGAGGCAGUUGCUAAGGAUGCCUUUCGCCUGGCAGGCAACAAGUUGCCUGGCCAGUGGGAGUUCGUGCACAAGGGAGAAGCGCCUGUCGUCGGUAUUACCAAGCUUGACGGUGUCACGCUGGAGGACUUGAAGAGACCAAGGAAGCAGAUUGCGCCCAAGGACUUACUGGCUGAGGCCACAAGCAAGCCUACUAGCGCAUCAUCUACCACCCCACCAUCUGCUAAGCCAUGA